AUGGCCGACACAUCAGACUUGAAUCUUGAUGCUCCCAGUGACCUUCAGGAUCUUCCUGAUCUGUCAAUGGAGCUUAUCCCGCCUCAGGAGGGAACUUAUCCUGACAGAGCUUCUUUGCUUGCCGCUGUGCAGGCGCACGGUAAAGCGCACGGCUAUAACAUUGUCGUGAAGUCAUCCAGUACACCCACGGAGAAGAAACCAGGCAGGGUCGCAAAGGUGUGGCUGCGAUGUGAUCGUGGCGGCCAGUAUAGACCUAGGAAUGGACUCACUGAAGAAACCCGGAAACGGAGACGGACAUCUCGGCUUAUGGAUUGUCCAUUUAUGCUUGUUGCUGCGGGACAUCCGGGUAUCUGGACGCUGACAGUUUUAAACCCGACUCAUAACCAUGGUCCCAUAGUGGAAAAGCCUCGCCAGAAUCCUCAUGCAAAGGCUAAGAAGGGUCAAGUCACGGCAACUCCGUAUGAUUGGCCUUAUGAUGCAACAUUUACUCCAUUUACAACUGCUCUCGUGAUUAUUGACAUGCAGCGUGAUUUUUGUUUGCCAGGAGGGUACAUGGCGUACCAAGGGUACGAUAUUACGCCAGCACAGCUUCUUAUUCCUAAGCUUCAGCGAUUGCUUGAUGCCUUCCGCUCAGCUGGGUUCCCUGUGUAUCAUACACGAGAAGGCCACCGCUCUGAUCUUUCGAGUGUUUCCAACCGGGAAAGCUUCCGCUCGAAAAAUAACCCUUCUGGCAUGGGCAUAGGUUCAGACGGACCGCUAGGGCGACUUCUUAUUCGCGGAGAGCCAGGACACGACAUCAUUCCAGAACUGUACCCCACCAUUGGUGAACCCAUCAUCGACAAACCAGGCAAGGGAGCCUUCACUUACACAGAUUUUGAAUUGCUGCUGCGCAAUAAGGGGAUUAAAAACCUUGUUCUCGCAGGUGUGACCACGGAUGUUCGCGUUUUCACCACCAUGCGAGAGGCCAACGAUAGAGGCUUCGAUUGCAUCAUGCUUGAUGAUGGCACAGCUGCGGCUGAUCCGUCACUCCACAUGAGCGCUGUCGACUCCAUAAAGAUGGAAGGAGGCGUUUUUGGAGCAACCACCAAGUUGGAGGAUAUGGUUCAGGCCGUUGAGAACUUCAAAGCCAUCACGGUGAAAAAACUUGCUCCGCAGAUGUCGGCUGUUGCAACUUAA